AUCUAAGCCCAGUUCAGUAUUACCAGUAUUUGAAGAGAAGGUGCUGAUGGUUGCAGGAGAAUGUUGGGGCUCCAAAGUUGAACAAAGCUGUUCUUGCUGUGCAAGGUUUGGUGAAAGUCGGCAGAGGAGAACCUGGUGACAGCAUGGAGAAUAACCACACUUUCCUGUACUUUGCAUAUGGCAGCAACCUACUGAAGGAGCGACUUCAGCUCAAGAACCCCUCUGCGACAGUAUACUGUGUUGCCAGACUCAAGGACUAUAAAUUGGUGUUUGGGAACCAUAAAGGCCUGGCCAGUGACCGAUGGCAUGGAGGUGUUGCUACCAUAGAGCACAGCCCAGGGGACGAGGUGUGGGGAGUGGUGUGGAGGAUGAACAUGUCUGAUCUAGAGUCUCUAGAUAGUCAAGAGAAUGUGACGUUAGGUGCGUAUAGUCCUGUGGAGCUUUCAGUGAAGACAAAAGGCCAGGAGCUCAACUGUCGUACCUACAUAAUGAACAGCUGUGUGUAUGCCCCUCCAUCGCCACAGUACCUCCAGGUCAUUGUGAUGGGAGCAGAGCAGAAUGGCUUACCAAAGGACUACCAGGAGAAGCUGAGAGCAAUUAAGACCAACAUGUAUGAGGGUCCUCUGCCCAUGAUGGCUGAACUGGAGCAAGCCAGAAGAAGAGCCACAGAGAGGAACAACCACCAUUCUGAUGUCUGAUAAACCAGCAGAAUCCAGGUCCACUUUUAUCUGUAGGAAAAUCCCACCACUAUAUUUAACAUUUUACUGUAGCUUAAAUACAAUUUAGCUAGCUGCUUACACCUAACUUGGCUAACCUUAAUUCCAGUCAGCCAGUUUAUGGUGUGGCAAUGCAGUUACAGUGUCCGUGCAGGAUGGUGUGUCACCUCUGCUUUACAGAACCAACCUGCCUGAAAUAACAGCAGGAACAACAAUGACCUAAAUAAUGUGAAUUAUUCACUGAAAGCAUAUUUUCAUAGUAUAUGGAAGUAAAUGAAAAUCUGUGGCUGCCUGGGAGGUUAAGAAAAAUUACAUUCAAAAUCAGUGGCUAUAAU